AUGCCCCCCGCCGCAUGCCGCGACACACGCCCCGAGUGCCCGCCGAUUUUUGCGAGCUGCGGGAGCACAGCGAUCUGCCAGAUGGGGUGGGGCCACGGUGCAGCCACCCACGGCCCAGACGGGAAUGCCGCUGGUGCGAUCGAAGCCGCGUCUUGCCGGUCAGCGAACCGUUCCUUGCUGUGGCCGCUGGCGCCCGCCACGCAGCCCCGCGCCACGCAGCCCCGCGCCCUCGCCCUCUCCAGCCCCCGAAUCCCCUUCCUCCGCAACUCCGCGCCCCGCACGGACCCCCACUCGCCACCCUGCGCUGGACGCCCCCUUCUUGUUUUUCCCGUCUUGAUCUCCAUUGUUGGAUUCAUUAUGAUCCCAUCACACGCUGUCUCACCCCGGACCACCCCGCCGGUGCCCUACCUCACUCUGCACUCCAUUUACGUCCCGUCCCACCCCCAAGCGCCCAACCCGUCCAGCGGUCUCAUCUUGAACAAACAAUGUCAUUUUCAGUCGCCCUGUGCCAUCACCCCAUCAACGCUGCUUCCCGGCCCUGCCAUCUCCGUCAUCACUCCCUGCGAUCCGCAAGUCCGUUUCUCACAUCUCAACUCUCACGCACGCAAGAAAAAGAUCAUUAGGAGAUUGGUUUCAUUCAUGUCGACAAACUACUUCAACCCUCCAAGGAGCGACCCCCAAAACAGGGGGUCAAAUCGUCGAAUCAAGGGACAGAAAAAGGAUCGGACGUAAUCUUCGCGAAUCAGGGGCAACAGAAAAAGAAUGGAAUAAACGAGGUAAAAAAAAAUGGACAAUGCGGAUCGGGAUGGGAGGAGGUGGAGACAGGCAAUGGGGGAACGGUGGAUGCAAGCGAUGCAGACAAAUAAGAAAGCAAUGCCAUGUAACCUUGCCGUCGUCGAGCGUGCUCGACGCACACGACUCUGGACGACAUCGACACAAAAUGGGAGCUACCACGAUAUUUACUCGUCGGCCGCGUCGCCAGCGUCAUCCUUCUCCGAAGGCUUGUC